UUCCCGCCGGGGUUCCUCUUCGGCGUCGCGACGUCUGCUUACCAGAUCGAGGGCGCGUACCUGGAGGACGGCAAGGGCCUCAGCAACUGGGAUGUCUUUACCCACACACAGCCUAGAAGAAUCAAGGAUGGACGGAACGGGGACAUAGCGGAUGAUCACUACCAUCGUUACAUGGAGGACGUGGAGAUAAUACAUAGUUUGGGGGUCAACUCCUACAGGUUCUCAAUCUCAUGGGCGAGAAUCCUACCAAGAGGUCAGCUUGGAGGCGUUAAUUCAGCUGGAAUAGCCUUCUACGACCGCCUGAUCACUGCACUCCUUCAGAAAGGGAUAGAGCCGUUCGUGACACUGCAUCACUUUGACAUGCCGCAAGAACUGGAGACCCGGUACGGCAGUUGGCUGGGCGCUGGAAUCAGGGAGGAGUUCGGCUACUACGCAGACGUGUGCUUCAAGGCGUUCGGCGACCGGGUCAGGUUCUGGACCACCUUCAACGAGCCCAACAUGUUCGCCAAGUUCGCCUACAUGCUGGGCAACUACCCUCCCGCCCGCUGCUCACCGCCGUUUGGAACCUGCAACAGUGGGAACUCUCGCCGGGAGCCCUACGUCGCGGCUCAUAACAUGCUGCUGUCGCAUGCUGCCGCCGUCGAGAACUACAAGAAGAAUUACCAGGCAACGCAAGGCGGAUCGAUCGGGAUUGUGAUCGCGAUGAAAUGGUAUGAGCUGCUAACCAACUGCACCGAGGAUAUCUUGGCAGUAAGACGGGCGUUGUCCUUCGAGGUGAACUGGUUUUUGGAUCCGAUAUUCUUUGGUGACUAUCCCAGAGAAAUGUGCGAGAUGUUAUCAUCAAACUUACCAAAGUUUACCUCAGAAGAGAAGAGGCUACUACGGAAGAACAACGCAGAUUUUAUCGGGCUAAAUCAUUACACAUCGAUUUACGCCAAGGAUUGCAUCUCUUCUCCAUGCGACCUUGAGACUUAUGAGGGAAAUGCGCUAGUGCAAGCUGUAGGUGAAAGAGACGGCGUGACAAUUGGAAAACCAACUGCAAUUCAUGGUUACUAUGAUGUUCCGGAAGGUAUGGAGCUAAUCGUCAAGUAUGUCAAUCAGAGAUACAAGAACACACCUGUCUAUGUUACCGAAAAUGGCUACUCGCAGUUUAGUGACAAUAGUAUGGAGGACUUGAUCAAUGACGUUGGAAGAGUAAACUACCUUCAGGGCUAUCUCACAAGCAUCUCUUCAGCAAUCAGGAGAGGGGCAAAUGUGAGUGGCUACUUCGUGUGGAGUCUUAUGGACAACUUCGAGUGGCGUUUUGGUUUCACCGUGAGGUUUGGGUUGUAUCAUGUGGAUUUUGAAACGCGGGAGAGGACUCCAAAGAUGUCAGGGAAGUGGUACCGUGACUUCCUCACGGGGUCUAGGCCGGUCGACCAAGCCCACACCCUGAGAGAAGAUUCAUGAUACUUGCAAUCAUUAUUGUCACAUCUAGUUACCCGUAAAAAGAAACUAUCGGAUCCAAGGAUAAUCGGCUACAUAUUGUUCCAACACUUCUCUAUAGCGUCUUAUCCUGGAAAUGUGUAUUUAGGGUGAUUUUUUUUUUCUUUCGAAAAGGGUAUGGCCCCAGCCUUUGCAUAAUAACAAUGCACACGGCCAGUAAAUUUAGGGUGAUGUAAAGGUAUUAUCGUUGGACAAAUGGCUCGUACAUGUGGCGUACCGGCUUUGUGGGUUCACAUAGCAUGCAUGAUCUUUCUUCAAUACUUUUGAAUCAUGUACCGAUGAUCUCAUGAUA